AUGCCCAACCUCAAAAUCUCCAAGCUCCGCCAAUUCCUAGGCGAAAAACUCGGCCAAGAAGAAAAAAAGACAAUCCAAACCGACGUCUUCCAAGCCCUCGAAGCCGAAAUGGUACUUCGUCGCGAAGGGACAGAGACGCUGCUCAAACACACCGAGCUCUACCUCCGUAACAUCUCCAAAACAAAAGUCGGUGAGGGAGAGGGAGGGAAUAAGGAGAAGGAGAAAGCUAUGCCGGUUGAGUUGCUGGGAAAGGCGUUCGUCGGGCAUGCGGGGAUGUUUGAGGAAGGAUCCGCGUACGGUACCGCCCUCUCUCUCCUCGGCCCGGCAUUGAUCAAUAUCGCUGCGCAUCAAAGCUACCUCUGUGCCUCCACCGACACCCUCCAAAAGUCCUUCCAGGGACAUCUAGACCUCCACGCCACCCUCCACAAACUCCAAUCAAAACUCGAAGGCCGUCGACUCGCCUACGACGCCGCCAAAUCCCGCGCCUACAAAGCCCGCAAAGAAGACGCGCGAAUCGAGGAAGAAGUCAUCGCCGCUGAAUCCAAGUGGACGGAGACAUCCGAUGCUGUCGAGGAGUGUAUGGAGCGGAUUAGGGAGGGGGAGGGUGAAAUGUUGAGAGCUCUGACUGGGUUCUUGGAGAGUGGGAGGGAGUUUUAUGGGAGGUGUUUGGGGGAGGUGGAGGGGGUUAGGGGGAAGUGGGUUUGUGAGGUUGAUGAGAACUUACCAACACCGAAUUUGAGUAACGGGAGUGUGAAGGAAACGAAGGAGAAGGAGAAGGAGAGGCCGAAGAUCGUUAGUCGGAUUACCACCGGUACCAUGGGCGGCAACGAGAAGCAGACGAAUGGGUACGGCACACUCUCAUCCUCCCCCCCCUCGAUGUCAAUGCUCUCGACACCCACCACAUCCACACACACCAACCCCCGCCCGUCCCCAAUGCAAAGAUCCAAAACCGCACCGCUUCCACCACCUGCCCCACCAUCCUCCUCCGCCCCACCCAUCCUCCGCUGCAAAUUCUCCCACGAACCACAAGACGCCGAAGAACUCGAACUUCACGAAGGCGAUUUAGUCGUGUUGGUGAAGGAAGUCAGUCAAUCCUGGGCUGUCGGGUAUCUCUUGGAUACGGAUGGAGGAGGAAGGGGAAGGGAGGGAUGGUUCCCGAGGGAGUUUUGUGAGCUUGUUGAGGACGGUAGUACUUCUGUCGGGGGAGGGGGGAGGGAGAGGAGUGGAACUGUUUCGAGUCAGAGGUCGACGAGGGAGGCUGAAGUCGAUGGGAGGAGUAGGAGUGGGACGGUGUCCAGUCGGAGAUCGAACCAUGUCGACAACGAACCUGAGACGCGCUCGAGACGGGGAACGGUAACGAGUGUCCACUCCUCCCGCCUUUCAGCAACCGCCUACGUGGAAGAGCCAGAAGAAGCCGACGAGGAAGACGUCUUUGCCGACGUCAAGUUCGGGGGCGACAGAGAGGGAGAGAGCGGGAGUCCGUUCACGGAUACCACCCCAACGGGUACAAUCGGACGUUCAGUAGCGAAGAAGAGCCCGCCACCGCCACCGCCGAGUCGGAGUACGAAGCCCGGGAUGGCCAUGAGGAGACAGGAGAGUGUUGACGCAUUCUAUGCUACACCGUCUGCGUCCACUCACUCCCUCAACGACUCCUCAUCCACCACACCCACCGCUACCGCGAACGGUAACGGCCGCUCCCGCAAGAGCAGUCUCAGCGACGUAUUAACCCGAUCGCGUAAAGCGAGCACAGCCAGCAUCAAGCAAUUGCAAGUUCAGGAAGAGAAAGUGGGGUUACUGGUCGCGGAGUGUGGGGAGUGUGGGUGUGAUGAGUUUCAGGCGAAUGUGUUUAAGAAGGGACAGUGUAAUAACUGUUUUCAUGCUCAUUAG